GAAAUAUUUACGUCAGCCACGUUGGAAGUGCCAACUCGGUGUUUUUAUGUUUUUAGUGAGGCUGCUGCAUCAAGAUGAAGAUCAAAGAGUUAAAAAGGACGGUGAAUAUGAGCUGGUCGCCAGCGGAGCAUUAUCCGACGAUGCUCGUUACCGGCUCUGCCGCUCAGCAAGUUGAUGCCUCUUUCAGCACGAAUUCCUGUUUAGAAUUGCAUUCUCUUAACUUGGGUGACUCAAGUCUUGAUUUUGAAAUGAAAUCAAGCAUACAGACAAAACACAAGUUUCAAAAGUUAGUAUGGUCAGGUGCAGGAGUCAUUGUGGGUGGCUGUGAUGGAGGAUUGUUAGAAUUCUACAGUGCAGAGAAAUUACUUAAUAAUUCUAGUGACUCACUCAUUGGUAGCAGUUCUAAACACAAUGGUCAUGUUUCCGCGCUCGACGUUAAUCCUUAUCAGAAGAAUCUCUUAGCUUCCGGUGCAUCAGACAGUGAAAUCUUUAUUUGGGACCUUAACAACACAAGUCAGCCGAUGGCACCCGGCAAUCGAAGCCAACCUUACGAUCAUGUUCAGGGUCUAGCUUGGAAUCAGCAGGUGCAACAUAUUCUAGGAUCCACAUUUGCUACGAGAUGCUUAGUGUGGGAUCUCAGAAAAAAUGAACCUAUAAUGAAAUUAAGCGACUCUCAGUUCCGCACGCGCUGGCGCGCGCUGGCGUGGCACCCCGGCGUGGCCACGCAGCUGUGCGUCGCCUCCGAGGACGACCAGGCGCCCGUCGUGCAGCUCUGGGACCUCAGACUGGCUGCGUCCCCAUUGGCGACGCUGGAGGGACACGAGAAGGGCGCGCUGGCGCUGUCCUGGAGCCGACACGACCACGACCUGCUGCUGUCGGCCGGGCGAGACGGGAGACUGCUCGCCUGGAACCCAAACAACACUAAACCGGGCGGGGAACUGUUAGUGGAAGUGAGCCGACAGUCGGCGUGGGUGUUCGACGUGGCGUGGGCGUCGCGCGAGCCCGGCCUUCUGGCCGCGGCCUCCUUCGACCACUCGCUCGCGCUGCACACACUGUUCGCGACCAGCGGCCCCGCAGGCGGCAGCAGCGCGAGCACCAACACCAUAAUGGAGUCGUUCGGCGGCGCGGACUCGUUCGCGGCGCUGCCCGCCGUGCCGCGCGCCGCGCCGCCGCCCGCCGCGCCCGCGCAGCCGCCGCGCGCGCCGCGCUGGCUGCGCCGCCCCGCCGCCGCCAAGUUCGCGUUUGGCGGGAAAUUAGUGACAUUCGAGAGAUGCCCGCAAGAGGCCGACUCGCAGAAGAUCGUGUAUAUAAGCCAGGUAGUGAGUGAACCGGAAAUAAUUGAGAAGGCGUUCGAGUUGGACACGGUGAUAGAGCUGACCCUCAGUCGGGAGCCCGGAGCUGCGGAGAAAUUGGCAGAAUACUGUCGCGCGAAGGGCGACGCGGCGACGGACCAAAACGAGCGCUACACGUGGUUCUUCCUGCGAGCCAACUUCCUGCCCUCGUACCGGACCGAGAUACUGAACUUGCUCGGCUUCAAGCAAGAGGAGAUGUCGUCGAAGUUCAAGAGUCAACCGAGUAACGAACAACGUGCACCGCAGGACAUCUUCGGGCUUAGUAGAGGAGAGAGCACAGAGACUGAAGCCGAGCUGUCUACAGACACGAGCACAGAUCUAUCUGAUGCUCAGACAUUGAUCGAGAAGAAGCUCGCAAGUAUAGACCUCGAACCGACUGUGACCAACGUCGUCAUACCGAGCGGAGACGAUUCAACGAGCCUUAUCUGUCGCGCGCUGGUGUGCGGGAACAUCGAGGAAGCGGUCGACCUCUGCUUGGAAGCGAAGAGAGUGUCCGAUGCGCUCAUUAUCGCUUCACUCGGCGGGCCGGAGCUGCAGUACCGCGUGCAGCGCGCGCAGCUGGGUGCGCGCGCGGCCGACCCGGUGGCGCUGCUGGCGGGCGCGCUGCUGCGCGGCGCGUGGGACGGGCUGCUGCGCGCCGUGGCGCCCGCCGGCUGGCGGCACGCAUUGGCCGCGCUGGCCGCGCACUGCGAGCCGCCCGCGCUGGCGCACUACUGCGAGGUGCUGGGCGACAAGCUGGCGGCCGACAGCGACGCGGCGCUGCGCGAGGCGGCCGCGCUGUGCUACGUGUGCGGCGCGCACGGGGACGCGCUGGCGGCGCGCGCGCUGCGGGCCGCGCCCGCCGACGCCGCCGAGCUCGCGCGCCAGGCCGAGCUGGCGCUGCUCCUGCGAGCCGCCGCCGCCGUGCACGGCCGACCCGCGCAGGAGGGCGGGCGGCUGGACGCGCUGCUGGCCCGCUACGCGGCGCGCGUGGCGGCGCAGGGCUGCCUGCACAGCGCGCUGGCGGCGCUGCGCGGCGCGCGCUCCCCGCUGCGCGAGCGCCUGCACGCCGCGCUCGCCGGCCCGCCGCAGCAGCAGCAGCAGCACCACCACCACCAUCAGCAGCAGCAGCAGCAGCAGCAGCAACACACGUCGACGCGUGCGCGUACAGUGAGCACUCACUCGAACUACGCACACAAUGACAGCAUUGGUGCAUACAAAAUGCAACCUCCAGCAGCGCCCCACGAAAAUCAAAGUUGGUCCGCAAGCUCUCACCCGCCCCGCCCCGCGAGCGUCUCUUCGCAGCCCGGUGGAAUCUCAAGUCGUUCGAAAUAUAAAGUUGAUCCAUCGGUUCAAUCCGCACCCCUUUACAACCAAUAUAGCUUUAAUAAUCCAGCCCAGGCCCCCUCCUACGGGUACAACAGCCCCCUACCAGACCAGUACAGCGCCGCUAGCGUGCCCGGUCAUAACUUUACACCGAUCAACCAACAACAGAAUCACCCGUCGAAUCCUCCUCCAUUAAUGAAUCCGUUAAAUUCUGUUCCGUUAAACCCGAUGAAUCAAUUAAAUCCGGCUCCAUUAAAUCCAUUAAACCCCAUGAAUCCGGCGCCUUUAAAUCCCAUGAAUCCUCUAAAUCCGAUGAAUACGUUAAAUCCGUCGAAUCCUGCAACGUUGAACCCUAUGCACCCGUCAAUGAACGGUAACUACUACCAGUCGGCGGAGGUCGCUCCCGUUUCGAAACCAGCAGCGCCGGGUUGGAACGACCCCCCGAUGCUGACCUCUAGACCUAAGCCUAAACAAGAGAUCCAACAACAAGCUCCGAUCACGCAUCCCUUAUUCGGUGUGGAGCCUCCCCAAUACGUGCCAUUAGUACCCACAUCUCAAUAUCCAGGCCAACAAGCUCAGUACCCCGGUCAACCGGCUCAAUAUCCAGGACAGCCGGCUCCGUACCCUGGUCAACAGCAGCAGUACCCUGGACAAAUGGGUCAGUACCCUGGCGAGACGACUCAAUACCCUGGACAGUAUGCUGAUCAGCAGUAUCAAGGGUCGUUCCCACCGGGAAUGCAAACCGGAUAUCCGCAACAGGUGGAGAGUCCCGCUCCAGCGGAGCCAGCGCCGGUGCAGAAGGGUCCCCUUCCCGCUGAAUACGUGGAUCUGCAGACUAUGUUUGAUUCCCUCCGGAGUGCCUGUUCCGAUAAUGCUACUAACCAGCAAAUGAAGAGGAAACUCGAAGAUGUGCAAAGAAGGCUCGAAACAUUGUACGACAUGCUGCGGGAACAUCGGCUGUCGGAGGCGGCGCUGGCUCAGCUGCGCGAGGCGGGCGCGGCGGGCGCGGCGGGCGAGCACGCGCGCGCCGGGGCGGCGGUGGCGGCGCUGGCCACGGGGCCGGACUUCGCCGCCGCCGCCGCCUUCCUGCCCGGCCUCAAGAUGCUGUACCUGCUGGCCGCGCAGCUGCAGGCGCAGCCGCACCCGCCGCACCACGCGCAGCACCACGCGCGGUGAACACGCUUACGUUUAAAAUGUUUCCUCUCGACGACCUAGAACAAGAAAAGCACAGGCUCCUUUUUCAGGGCGUUUCUAAUAUUCGUAACUUCCUCCUCUCCAACUUAUGGACAACGUUAGUAUCCGAUGCCCGAAACGAUAAAGUUUAAAAUUAUCGAGCCCCGAUUGUAUCUGGCAUUAUGCUAAUGCUGCUUAAACAUUUCCACAGUUUACUUAACACUUUUAUGUAUAAAAUCUAGUGUCUUGUACAUAUGUACAUACAGACAUUAAUACCUUACAUAUUAACGAUAUAACGUCUUUUUGAGUAUUAGUAAAUUAUCGAAGUAAAAUAAGUUGUAAAAUGGAUAGCAAAAAUAAAUUUCAAUUUUUUUCGCAAAAACUAAUUUAGCUUCUACCUCAAAAAGUCCAUCUUCCCUUAACCUCAUACAUAGUAUACUGUCUAGAACUGUAUACUGUAUACAAUUAAUAUAUUCAGUAGUAUUUGUACGAUUUAUAAACUAGAGAAAUUGAAAAUAGAAAAAUCCACAGCAUUUAAAUUGUUGAAAUGUUUUCAUUAAGUUUACGUUUAGUAAAUUUUAUUGAAAUUAAAUAUAAAUUAUUAAAUAUGGGUUAUUAUUAAUAUAUAAUAAAUGAGUUUAAUAAAUAUUUAAUUCAAAAUAGUUUUUGAUAAGUUGCCUCUAAUAAGACGGCACUACACUUGGUUCGCUAACGUCGCACAGCGCGCAUACAAACACGUGUUCCACAUAUAGACUGAACAUAAAAGCUAGAACUGAAUGAUAACGAGAUUAUCCAUUCGUUCACCUUUGAUGUGUAACAAAGCACCGACAAAUGUACUGAAACAUGUUAUUGCUUUUUGCGUUUUUUUGUCGUAUUUGUGCGAAAAAACGACCACGUUGCACCAACUGAAGUGCCGCUAUUAUUGUGUUAAAAAUUAAUGAUGAAUAUAAAAUCCUAGCACUUAGAUAUUACAGAAUAAAUUGAUAUAUAUUAAUUUUGAUUGCAAAAUAUUUAAAAUAUUUUAUUUAUGUAAAUAUUUAAUUAAUUGCGAUUUGAAUGUGCUAUUGAUUGGUGAUUAACGGACGCGUCCAAAGACAUUCAUUUGAGUUUCGUUCAUUGAGUUAUUUUAUGAGUAAUAUGUUUUUUCUUGUGUAUCAAACGCAUGUUUGUAAUCGAAUGAUGUUGGCUAAUGUACAUUUAAGUAAUAUUGUAUCAAAGUUAUAAUAAAAUAUAUUUUUAAAAUG